AUGGACUCCCUCGUCGCUGUCGGUGUCUGCUGCCUUGACAGUAUCCUGACCGUCGACCGUUUUCUCUCCGAGGACGAAAAGCACAAAGCCUCUCAGCUCGAGAAGCGCACAGGUGGAAAUGUUCGUAACCUCCUCGACGUAUUCAAGCAGCUUUCCGCGAACACGCCUUUAACACUACUCGCGGCAUUGCCCUCCGCCAAUUCAUCAGAGACCAAACGCAUCCAAGACUCCCUAGGUUCAGCAGUCAACUUCGAACAUUGCUUCUUUAGAGAGCAGACGGACGAUGCGCCAUUCAGCUGGAUUAUCAAGAAUUCUGCCACUGGAAGUCGCACCGCUGUGGGAUACAAUACCGUCCGCGAUAUGACGUUGGAGGAAUUCAAGGACGCUGCGGAUCGCAAUGCCUCUAUAUCGCCCCUUUACCACUUCGAGGGGAGAAUACCAGAAGUGUCUCUCCAAUGCAUCCGGUACCUCCGCGACAAGUACCCUCAUGCCAAAAUCAGUGUCGAAGUAGAAAAGCCCGGUCGACCCGCCCUUCAAGAAAUGGCGAGGCUAGCCAACAUUGUCUUCUACUCCAAGAGCUGGGCUGAGGCGAACGGUUUCACAUCAGCAGAAGAAUGUCUCCGCUCCCAGCCUGCAAUUCCAAUGUUCGCUAAAUACCUCUGCAUCACGUGGGGCGCAUCAGGCGCCAGCGUGCUCACCCUGCCGGAUCAGAAAUACUUCUCCACGCCCGCCUUCAAGGUCGAAGGCAAAGAGGUCAUCGACACAAUCGGCGCAGGCGACACAUUCACAGCCGGCCUCCUCUACGGUCUCUACUUCCACCACCCCAAAUCCAACCAUCCCGACCAUGUCUGGACGACCCACGAGGCCCUCAAAUUCGCAAACGAGCUCGCAGGCCGAAAAGUCGUGCAAGAAGCGUACGCUGGGCUUGGCGAAGCCAUGAAGGCACGGGUGAAGGAACUAGAUGAAGAGGCCUGCAAUAGGACUCAUGUGUAA